CAGGAUACGGCCCCGCCCAUGGGCAGCGCUGCCCAGGUGCGCAGUGCAGUGCAGCCCUGUGUCCCCGAUCCCAGCGAGCGGGAAGAGAAGCCUAGAAAAUGAACUGCUCUUCAGAAAACAACGCACACUUUGAGGGUGGUAACGCCAGACCCUUUUUUUAUGUGCAUGCUGUGGGCCAGCAGCCUUACCCGAGUCCCUGGUACCAGAAUCCCACCUAUAAUCCAUUCUCUGUUCCUGGGGCAGGUUUCAGAAAUGGAAGUCUGUAUUUUCCAUAUUCAGUGGUACUCAGUGAGUCUCCUGGCUUCCUCAUCCCUCAGUCCCCGUUGCCCACUGCGCUUAACCGAAGACCUGUGUUCUAUAACACAGCACAGUUCCGUCAGUGUAGUGGCUAUGGAAAGAAAACGAAGACGAAAGAGACUCAGACUGAACCUCAUCAGGCUGAAAACAGGACUCAGAAACAAGACACCCACUCAGAAGGUGGUAUGGUGACCAGUAUCCCGACUUCUAAUACUGACACAGAAACUGACAACAUUCCUGAACCAACAGAUGGGUUCUUUUCAUCUGUAGCCCAGAAGCCGCAGCUACAUGGUGAGAGCCCUUCUCCUAACACUGUGUAUAGAACAUCACCUCAAGUAAACUAUGCAUCUGGGAAAGGGAAAAUGAGGCUAGAACAGAGCAGAGGAUCCCCUGUAACACAGUUCUGGGAGACUUUGAAGGAAACUGUCCGUUUGUAUGACCUAGCUUAUGGUAAAGCCAUGCCAGACAUCAUGGUGCAGCAUGGUGGGAUGUCACAGAGUUCUCGUGAGAGUACAAGUGUGCUUCGUAACCGUCACGAGGGUGCAGAUGGCAUUACGUGUAACGAUGAAGAAAGCACUAUCUGGUCGGAGCAGUGUCAUGAUGUAAGAGGUGAUGAGGUGGUAAAGUUGGGUUCCAUCAUGGACAUGAACUUGGGUAAAGAAAAAGGCUAUGCAGCUGUUCCCCAAUUCCUGUCCUCUCCAGAUGAAGCGAAAGACAAAGAUGAAGUCCAGGAUAGCCUGAACUCCAAUCUGUGCCAGUCUUCUGGAGAUGGCAAUAAGCUCCAGCAGGAAAGGCCAGUCUGUUCCAGCAAUAAAGUCGUUGAGGACCUGAGCCUAGAGUCCAAAUCCCGGAGUCCCAUUAGCUUUGGGGAAAGCAUGCCAGACAAUGGUAGUGGGGGCCGUGGCUUCCCUGUGAAAGUGGACGAAGGUGAAGUGGUAGAGAGCAACAGCUACCCUGAGAAUUAUGUCCUUCCCCCUACCUCCCUGGCCCAGUUCAGCCAGGUCACUGAAGGCAUUCAAUGUGAUAUGAGCCACUGGCAGGAUGCAGAGCACGGGAAAUCCCCUGAGUCCUCACCAGAAAGCAGAAAGCCAACAGAAGAAGAGGCAGUCAGGUGUGGGGAACUGGAUGAGGUGGUAGAGAGGGACAGCUAUUCAAAGUAUGUUCCUCGCCCUGCCUGGUUGGCCCAGAUGAACAGCAGGGGGGUGGAUGAAGGGAUUCAGUGUGAUAGGAGCUGGUGGCAGGAUGCAGAGCUGGAGAAAUCCCCUGAGCAAAUGCCUUGCAAAGAUGAAGAAUCAUCACCAGACUGCAAAACUAAGGGAUCAUGGAAGACCAUCACGAAUGGGAAGUUGAAAACAGAUGAAGCAGAAAUGACCGUGAAUGAUGAGAUUGAGGAGGAGGAUCAUGAGAACUUCAAAAAGUGUGCAAAGAUUAAAAAAACUGUGAAAGGCAGGAAGCAGAAAUCCCUGAGCAACUUCUCAAGUGGGAACACAGUCUACUUAUUGAAGAAAAAUGCUGCCUUGAACACUGUACUUCCCAAGGAUUCAGAAGACUGUGAGUUGGAAGAGGAAGCUGAAGAUGAAAUGUAUGAGACAGAAUGCCUCUUUGAAGAAGUUAGUCCACUGGGCCCUGUGACAUCUUCCAAAGGAAGGAUUUAUCGUGAGGCUGGCAGGAUCAUCAGGCUGCCACCUGAGUGCUCUCUGCCUCCCCAACUUAUUGUGUGGCCCACCAGAAAUAAGUACAGGUUAAAGCUUGGAGAAUACGAGAGCAUCCCCAUGGUAUGCGAAGUGACAGGACAGAAUGGCAGGUUCCGAGGAGAGGGACUGGAGUCCAAGAGAGCCUCUCACAAGGCCUGGGAAUGUAAGUGACUAACGGGCUUGUCCUGUGUGGUUGUCUGUGGUGGUUCCAUACUGGGUCCUGGAUGCAAAGGCCAUCAUAGAUCAAUACUAUUUCUCCAUUUUGAAAGUAUGUUCUUCAACAACUGUAGGUGCCCAUGUUUGUAGGAUUGGCAGAGAUCCCAGGUUUGAGGUCCUGCAUUCUAGGAAACUGUAAUAUAAUUUGAAACAAAGAACUGUAGGAGAUGAUGGAGAGCUGGGUGGUGGUAAAGGACAGGGGG